AACCCGGACCAGAACCAGCCCUGCAGAGAGAGACUCCAUCGCUUCAGGAGAACCCAGCGGAGACGGUUCGGGUGUUCGGGCCGGCAUGAGGGACUACUCGGCCGCUCCGAGCGACGCGGGCGGCUGCGGGCCGUGCGGUCAACUUUGCGUCUUUGCUUUUACCGCAUUUCUCAUCGUUGCUGAGAGGACGGCGCUGAUCUAUUGCUUUGUGUACUACCUGUGGGUGGGUCACAACUACUGCUAUGCCUACCUUGCUGGUUUCACAGCGCUCUUCUUGCUGCCAGGUUGGGGCCCACAGUGUCUCAGUUAUCUGUGGUACCUGUCGGACGGACGGAUCCCCAGGAAGUCUCUCAGAUGGACACACAUUUUGCACUUGGGUAUCUUCAAAAGGUUGUGGGAUUGUAUGCGUCUGUCUGAUGAGGAUUUGUACAGUGAAAUCAUGCAGCAGGCUGAUGUGUCUGCCUUACGUCUGUUUGAAGCCCUGGUGGUGACCCUCCCUGAGACGCUGCUCCAGACCUACGUCCUCAUCUGUACAGACAUAGGAGUCAAGUCUCCCGCCUCGGUGUGUUUCGCUGUGUGUUUGUUAUCUCUGGCCUGGGCGUUGGUCCUCUAUGCUCGAGCCUGUUCCCUCAUCAGACCGGGACACUUACAGAUGACACCAGCUGCUAUUCUCUGUCGACUGCUGUGGAGGGUCAGUAUGUUGGGAUCUAGGUUUGCUGUGCUCAUGCUCUUUACACGUAUCUUCAAACAAUGGGUCCUGGGAGUCAUUGGUGUGCACUGGCUGGGUACCACUUUCUGGAUGGUGUCUCAGCAGACCGACAUCAUACGCUCAACAAGCCGAUGGAGACUCUUCAACCUCGUCCUUGGUGCCGUUCACAUCUUUCUCUUCCUGAAUGUGAAGUACGGACCAUCCAGAUAUCGCAUGACUGGGUUUUACCUGGUCAUGUUUUUAGAGAACGCUUUUCUCCUUCUGGCCUCCUCCUGGUUGUUUGCCAUGGUGUCCUGGGACACUGUGGGUAUUCCAGCCGCAGUGUUCUGCAGCUUCCUCAUUGGAGUGAUAGCACUGGUGCUUUACUACCGUUUCCUCCACCCAAAGUCUUUUGAGAUCUUCCAAAGUAUUCGUCACAGGGGAAUAGGUGGAGCCUGCGUGGAGCGUGGAUCUAUUCUCUCACUGGAGGAGAAAGUCGCACCCGCUUUCCAUCGCCAUGCAACAUUGUCUGGUGGUGGAACCCUCAUGGACCUUCCUAUCCAAUGGGAAGGCUGGAAACAUCACCACUGGCUGCUGAUUCGCUUGGCUCUCAAGACGGGGAAUGUCUCAAGGAUCUGGUCUGCGUAUGGUGAAGGGGGUCUGGCCGGACUGAUGGGUCUUUCUGAAGAGGUUCACUCCCCUGAUACACAUCAUGUUCCUCGGGUUCCACCUCCUCAGCCACGGGUUCUUCAGAUCUCACAGCCAGUUCCUCAGCCUGCUCCACCAAAAGUGACCCAGGCACCACAGGUGAGGGAAGUGGUCCAGCCACCAAAACCAGCUCACUCCAGCAUUGUGGCUCGACCUGUGAGAAGAGCUCCUCCCACAACCAUCCAGGACAUGAGACGGUUUCCAGAGAUCAUCCCAGUCCACGAGAUCAUUCCUGAAGAAACAGCAGAGGAAGAAUCAAGUGCACCGCUCUCAGAUGAAAAAGGUGAUGAGGAGUUUCAGAGUGCUGCUUGUGGCUCACCCUCACUUUCAUCUCCACAACGAGCUGGAAGCCUCCGUCACAUCGACAGCAACGUUGCCUCUCUGACCGAGGCAUCCUCCUCUGUGGGGUCUCUAGACAUCAAGACCCCCGGCUGGUCACCGGAGAGGCGCUCCCCUCUCCUUAUUGGCUCCCCAGAGCACAAAGCGGUGCUCCCUGUAGAAUCCAGCACCACGCUGUAUUUCAGUGCAGAUGCACCCUCACCCUCCAGUGGGAGCUAUCUUGGCUGGGGUUCAGAGCUGUCACCCAUCUCUGCCUACCGAAGCCCCUAUCGGAUCAGAGAAGCCCGCUUUAUCACAUCCACCCCACGACUGGAGCCUCGAGGUGGGGAUGAAAGCCCUGGUCCAUCUCCUGUUGUUGUUAUUCCUGCCACUCCAGGUGUAACGCCAGGUACUACUCCAGGUGGGACGCCUGGGGCCACCACGCCUGCAGCAUCGACUCCUGCAGCUUCAACUCCUGCAGCCUCGACUCCUGCAGCCUCGACUCCCGGUUCUACUACGCCCGGUACUCCAAUUGUUCCUGUCACUUUAGUCUCCUCCCCUGCUCUCAAGCAGAUGGUGCAGUAUGUAGACUUUAGAGAGAAUCUGAUAUAACA